ACGAAAUUCUCGCCACCCUGGCUGCUAUAUAGCCCGUGUGGGCAUCCUGGCUCGCGGGCGAAUCCUCCCGCUCCCUGUCCCUGCUCUGUUGUCUCCCAAGUCGAUCCUGGCUUCUGUCGGGCCGCUGCUCCUGCUGCUUCCAUCCGUCGCCCCGUCUGCAUCGCAGACUGUCGUUAUUACGUAUGUAGCGUACACUUGCCUGCGUCCCCUUCUGUUCUCAUGGUCUGCUGCACCGACUCGCAGCACUACCGGCCCUGUCUGUCUGUCUG